AUGAAGACUAUUUGUGCCGCAACACUUAUCAUCGCGUUCCUCGCAGCUACCGAAGGAACCGUCGCGUUCCCUAGCACCGGAACUACCUCGCUGAGGGAGGAGGCGGCCAAGAAGAACAUUACCAUUGGGUCAGGGGCGAUAAGUCCAACCUACCUCAAGGAUCCUGAAUUCGCGGCUGUCCUUGCCUACCAGUUCAAUAGCCUCUCUCCUGAAAAUGAGAUGAAGUGGUCGUUGCUUGAGCCGACCCCAGGGUACUUCAACUGGGGCACGAUCGACACUCUCGUUGAGUUCGCGGAAGCCCACGACAUGGUAGUCAAGGGACAUGGGCUUAUCUCUGGCUGCUGUGACCCUGACUACCUGCUCAACAUCACUGAACCCACAGCGUUUCGUGCUGCGAUGACAGCUCACUUCAGGGCAGUUAUGCAGAGGUACCACGGCAAGGUAGAUCGGUGGGACGUCGUCACCGAAGCGCUGAAAACAAUGGGAGGCGGUUUGGACACCAACAGCACCUUCUACAAAGUACUCGGUCCCGACUACAUUGAAUACGCCUUCCGCAUCGCGCGGGCAGCAGACCGGGACGCGAAGUUAUUCAUUAACGAAAGCCUCGUCGAGUCACUCCUCAACAAGCGUCAGGAACUCUACGACCUGGUCUCCAGACUCGUGGCGAACGGCGUCCCGAUCACUGGAGUUGCCCUGGAGAUGCACAUAACCGAAACAGCCCCGAUACCGGGCGUGAUCACCGAUAUAGUCAACUCCUACAGGGCGCUCGGACUAGAAGUGACGAUCUCUGAAAUGGACGUCCACACCCUCAACUCUACCCUUCAAGCCGACAUCUAUGGUGCUGUCAUCGAGGAGGCUCUAGACGCAGGAAUCACCGACAUUAGCUUCUGGGGCUUCACGGAUAAGCAUGCCUACACUUGGGUAUCGGGAGCGAAGCCACUGAUGUUCAAUGAGACCUACUACCCCAAGCCUGCAUUCUACGCCACUCACACCUCUCUAACGAACUUUGUCAACAUGCCAUGA